AUUCAUCACAAAUCUUCCUUAAACCUGUAAAUUUCUUCGCAAAGUCACGUUUUUGGUUCUUCGAUUAUUAUUUCUUCUCGAAAAAGAAAUUUCGAGUCGAUGUUUGAAACCAAUCACUCGGCGAAGCCAUUUAUCGGCGUCCGUUUCGUCCUCAGUGGAUUCGAUCUCCCUAAUGAGCAGAAGGUUCGAUCCAAGCUAGUAGAAGGAGGUGGAGUUGAUGCCGGUCAGUAUAGCAAAAAUUGCACACACGUGAUUGUGGAUAACAUUGUUUAUGAUGACCCCUUAUGUGUUACUGCUCGAAGGGACUGCAAAACGCUUGUGACGGGUUUAUGGGUUGAUCAUAGUUUUGACAUUGGAAUGCCCGUUGAUGCCACUUCGAUUAUGUACCGACCACUCAGAGAUUUGAAUGGUAUUCCUGGCGCUAAAGGUUUGAUCAUGUGCUUGACUGGAUAUCAACGACAAGACAGAGAUGACAUAAUGACAAUGGUUGGCUUGAUGGGCGCACAGUUUUCAAAACCUCUGGUGGCAACCAAAGUAACUCAUCUCAUUUGCUACAAAUUUGAGGGAGAAAAAUAUGAUCUUGCCAAGAAAUUACCAAAGGUAAAGCUUGUCAAUCAUCGUUGGCUAGAAGAUUGUUUAAGGGAUUGGGAAAUUCUUCCGGAAGAUAAUUAUAAUAGGAGUUCCUAUGCAAUGGAGAUGAUGGAAGCUGAGGCCAAGGAUUCUGAAGAAGAGGCUGAAGAUACAUCUGUUAAGCAGAUGGAGGGAAACAUGCACAGGAGUCCUAUUUUAAAAUCUGGCUAUCUGGAGCCACGUAAAUCACCAAAAUUGGUUGUGGAGACGUCAAAUAUUCUGCCAGAGUCAGCAUUGUCCAAGGAUCCUUAUAUCGAUAACACCAAGAGCAGGGUGUCAGGACCUAGUAUUGAGAAUAAAUCUGAUCAGGCCUCGAGUUUCAAUGAAUUUCCCUUUUCCAAGGCUCUUGACUAUCGGGAUGCUGGUGGCGUUGAGGCGACAACUUAUAACAAGAUGCCUGAUCCUCAUUGCCGAACGCCCAUCUCUAAGAAUGCAACAAAUGACUUGACAUCUAGUUCUUGGAUUGCUGAAAGGCCUCCUCAUUCUGAAGGGAAGUUCAGUGCUGUAAGUUAUCAAAGGAAAACACCGAGGAGAUUAGGAGAAUUGUCAAGAAAUGGAUUCGCCUUGGAUAAUGAACCAAUGGGUAAACUCGAAUCUGAUGACCUUUCAUCUUCUUUGUCCAAGGCGGAACAUUCAAAGGAUAGAAUUGGCUCGGAUUCUGUGGCUGCUCUACCAAAAAAUAUUUAUUUACAAUUUGGAGAAAAGCCAACUGGUUUUUCGCCUUGGAAAAGGGCGCUGGCUGGUUCUUUUCCUAGUCCCAAUUUGCAAAAGAAUGAUGAUGCUAGGCCAUGCAUUAGGAGGAGUCCAUCCCCAAGUGAUAAAAUUCUCGAAGCGCAAGCAACAUCUUUCUAUGAUGGCUUGCCUGAAACUAACGUUAUCCGAUCAGCCCUUUCUAAUAUGUAUUCUGUAAAUGAUUGUGCCGAUGUGAACUCUGCAUUGGACUCACGCUGUACUGAUGUAAUAACCCGGUCUCCUAUUUUCACUAAGCCAUCUCCACGUGAGUUACCUUUCUCCAGAGCGAUGCUGUCAGAGUUCAAACAACAGGAUAAUGGGAAUGAGAAUACAUCUAUAUCUCCUAGGAGAUUAAAAAUCUCCUCAUCUAGUGUUUCUGAAUUCAGUGAAUUUGAUGUUGGGAAUUCUACACAUGCGGCUGCUGGCAUGAGGGAACCUCAGAACCAACAGCCGGAUGGUAAGGGUUCAUCGGCAAGUAAGAGAGAUUCAAUGACCAACUCCAAUGGCCCUUCUAGUUCGAGCUUUGUAGGAAAUGAUAACUCAGCUACUAAACUGCUCAGAAAAACGAUGGUUGCCAAGAAGACUCUUGGUUCUGGACCUAAGUUAGGUUCUACCGCUAAUAAAAAGGGUUCCAUCUACUCAGGCAAAAAAAGUGUACAACAAAAUGAUGCUCCAGUUUGUUUGAGUGGAGAAAACAAUGAGAAAUACGCUCAUGCCAUGAAGCCAGAACUAUGUUCUACAAUUGUUAGCAAUGAUGGACCAAGAAAUGAGGAGACAAUAGCCGCAAACAAGCCUGAAGAUAUUGCAGUGCACAGAACAGGAUCCCUGGAUGAUGAAACGGAAACUCCAGAGGAAAAUAUUGAGCAAGUGUUGGAGGAUGCAACUUUUAAGAAAGAAAGUGUUGCUCCAUUUGAAUUAAUUGGAAAAUCUGAUAUUUUGAGGGAAAAUGAAUCAACAGGACUACAUCAUUUGUUUAAUGAUGCCUCUGCCAGUACUCAUGCAGUGGCCCCUGAAGAAGGCAGGGGAGGAAAUGCAUCAGAAAAUGCAGUGGACGGCAGUAUUUCUGCUAUGGCCGAGCCAAGCUCAAAAGUUGAUGGUUUGACAAGGAAAAGGCAGAAGGGAAAAACAGGCGCUGUAGGUAAAUCUAUGACAAAGAAAGUUGAUGAUGCCAAGGAGGUAAUGAAAUCUAAGGAACUUGUAGAAGAAGCUAACGCAUCAGAAGAUGCAGUGGACGGCAAUAUUUCUGCUAUGGCCGAGACAAGCUCAAAGGGUGAAGGUUUAGAAAGGAAAAGGCAAAAGGGGAAAACAGGCGCUGUAGGUCAAUCUAAGAUGAAGAAAGCUGAAGAUGUCAAGGAGGUAAUAAAGUCUAAGGAACGUGUAGAAGAAACUAACGACAUCGAUGGGAUAAAAGAGGUGGAAAACGAGAAGAGAGCAGUAACAUGUCCUGUAGCAAAAUCAAAGCACCGUAAUGUAUCGAAAAAGAAGUUACAAAAGUCAGCUGAAGAAGAGAAGGAGAACAAGCCAAUCGAUCUUGGGACUGAAAACAGAAGUGAAGCCAAAAGGUUUGCAGAAAAGCAAGCUGUAUCACCCAACGUUGAGCAAACUUCUGCUAAGUUUGGUGCUAAUUCUUCAAGGCAAGUAGUAGGAGUUACGAACAAAGCUUUACCCGAACCUGCAUGUUUUAUUUUAAGUGGUCAUCGACUUCAAAGAAAGGAGUUUCAGAAAGUUAUCAGGCGUUUAAAUGGAAGAUUUUGCCGCGAUUCUCAUCAGUGGUCUUACCAGGCAACACACUUUAUUGCUCCGUGUCCAAUCCGCAGGACAGAGAAGUUUUUUGCUGCCGCAGCAUCUGGCAGAUGGAUUCUUAAGACCGAUUAUUUGGCAGCUAGUAAUUCGGCGGGAAAGUUCAUAGGGGAGGAGCCUUAUGAAUGGUACAAGAAUGGCCUCAGCGAAGACGGUGCAAUUAAUUUGGAGGCACCUAGAAAAUGGCGUCUAUUAAGGGAGAGAACUGGUCAUGGUGCUUUUCAUGGGAUGCGCGUCAUCGUAUAUGGUGAAUGCAUGGCGCCACCUUUGGAUACUCUCAAGCGUGUAGUGAAGGCAGGAGAUGGAACCAUAUUAGCCACAUCUCCGCCGUACACUCGCUUCCUUGACUCCGGUGUUGACUUUGCAAUUGUCGUCCCGGGCAUGCCACGCGUUGAUGUGUGGGUCCAAGAGUUCUUGAAGCACGAGAUACCUUGCGUGGUAGCUGAUUACUUGGUGGAGUAUGUGUGCAAGCCCGGGUACUCCCUAGAGAAACAUGUGCUAUACAACAGCCACGCAUGGGCCGAUAAGUCAUUAGUGAGGCUGCAGGCGAGAGCCGAGGAGGUUGUCACGGACUUGAUCCCUCCGGAGGAUCACGGCUCCGAUGACGUGUCAUGCAAGGUUUGUGGGUGCCGUGAUAGAGGAGAGGUGAUGUUGAUAUGUGGUGAUGAAAGUGGUUCCACUGGCUGUGGGGUUGGUUGCCAUAUUGAUUGUUGUGAUCCUCCCUUUGAAGAUAUUCCUGAGGACGACUGGUUUUGCUCCGAGUGUAGUGAUAGAAGAAGCAAAAGCAGCGAGACUCCUUCCAAGAGAAGGAAAAAGGGGACGUCUUCUGUGAAGUGCAAGUGAAUUUCUCAUUCUUGUAACUCGUACGCUGGAACUUUCCUCCCCCCCACCCUAGUGAAUUGCAUCUCCUGAUAUUUGUACAUUUUCUUUGGUCGUUCGUGGUCUAUUUUAUUGGUUUAUGG